ACGUUGUGUUGCGGCGCCUUUUUAUUUCCGUUCGUCAGCGCAGCAGCCUGUCCUGUUUUUGCGGACCCAGCCAAGCAGGAUUUCAUCAUGGUGAAAAUUUUUGUUGGCAAUCUCGCCACCACGACCACAUCUGAGGAGCUGCGCAAAGCCUUCGAGAAGUACGGCAGCGUCUCCGAAUGCGACGUCGUCCGAAACUACGGCUUUGUGCACAUGAGCAACACGUCUGAAGCCGAGGAGGCCAUCCUCAACCUGCACCAGUCAGAUCUGAACGGCUGGCGCAUGAACGUGGAGAUGAGCAAAGGGAAGCCCAAGGCCACCACCAAGCUGCACGUCGGUAACAUCGGCGAAGGUGUGACCAGUGAGAUGCUAAAGGCCAAGUUUGAAGAGUUUGGCCCGGUGGUGGAGUGUGACAUCGUGAGGGGCUACGCCUUUGUUCACAUGGAGCAGGUGGAGCACGCUAUGGAGGCCAUAAAGAAGCUGGACAACACUGCAUUCAAAGGUGAACUUGUGGGCUGCUCCCUUCCUGUAGCUAGUUCAAUCCACACACUUAUUUACACAUUUAAAAGAAAAUGGACAACCUACCUGAAGGUAAUCGGUUAAGUCCUUACAGUGGUGAGUACACACCGUCACA